UGUGUGUUUUAAUUCAGCUGUUUAACCGUGUACCGUUCACCUCGUUUUCUCUUUUAAUGGAAUAAAAACCCUACAAACAUGUGGAUGCCUACAGAGCAGGAAAAAUACGGAGUGGCGCUGGUCAGUUUUCGGGGAACGGUACAGAACGGCUUGCUCCUGGAGAUCGGCGACACCGUGCAGAUCCUGGAGAAAUGUGAAGGCUGGUACAGAGGCUUCGUGCUCAAGAACCCAAAUGCCAAGGGGAUUUUCCCAUCCAGCUACAUUCAUUUGAAAAAUGCUCAAAUAAAGAACAUUGGGCAGUUUGAGACGGUGGUACCGACGGAGGACACGGUCAUCACAGAGAUGACGUCCACAUUACGGGAAUGGGGCACCUUGUGGAAGCAGCUCUAUGUGAAGAACGAAGGCGAUCUGUUUCACAGGUUGUGGCACGUGAUGAAUGAGAUCUUGGAUCUGCGGCGGCAGGUUCUAGUGGGUCAUCUCACCCACGACCGUAUGAGAGACGUCAAACAGCACAUCACUGCACGGUUAGACUGGGGAAACGAGCAGCUGGGUUUGGACCUGGUGCCCAGGAAAGAGUUCAGCAUGGUGGACCCCGACGACAUUAGCGUUACUGAGUUGUACAGACUGAUGGAACAUCGGCAUCGUAAAAAAGAGACGCCGGUCCCUGCCAGUACUCAUCACCUGUUUGUGCACAUGAAGAGUCUCAUGAGUUCCAACCUGGGUGAAGAGCUGGAUGUCUUCUUCUUCAUCUACGACAGCAGAGAGAGUCGUCCACUCAGUGAAAGGUUCUUUGUGAGGCUUAAUAAGAACGGAGUGCCCAAGUCUCCCGAGAAGACUGAGACGCAUUGUACGCUGUUUGUGGACUUGGGGAGCAGUGACCUAAGGAAAGACGUCUAUAUUGUCGUGCACAUCAUUAGAAUAGGUCGUAUGGGUACUGGCGAGAAGAAAAACAUCUGCAGUGUACAGUACAGACGUCCAUUUGGCUGCGCUGUGGUCAGCAUCGCCGAUCUUCUCACCGCCGACACCAAAGAUGACCAGCUGCUGAAAGUCUACGCAUGUAACACAGAGAGCGAGUGGAAUCAAAUCCACGACAACAUUAUUAAAAAAGUGAAUUCUAGAUACAACCUCUCAGGCUCCAACACUGGCCUGGCAGUGACUUUGCAGUUACUCCACGGGGACAUUGAGCAGUUACGGAGGGAGUACAUGGCCGUUUUCAGCCGAGGAGUGUCCAUCACUAGAAAACUGGGCUUCUCUGAUGUCAUCAUGCCAGGUGAGAUGAGGAACGAUCUGUACAUCACUCUGGAGAAAGGCGAGUUUGAGAAGGGUGGGAAGACCGUAGCCAGAAACGUGGAGGUCACUGUAUAUGCGCUGGAUGCUGAUGGCCAAAUUCUCAGGGGCUAUGUAGCAGCAGGUUCAGGGGAGCCGGGUGCAGAUGAGUACCUUUCCUUUGUACUCUAUCACAACAACAGUCCACGAUGGGCUGAACAGAUCAAGCUGCCCAUCCCAGUGGAUAUGUUCCGCGGCUCCCACGUGCGCUUCGAGUUCCGCCACUGCUCCACAAAAGACAAGGGAGAGAAGAAGCUUUUUGGAUUUUCCUUUGUUCCUUUAAUGCGAGAAGAUGGACGGACCCUGCAAGACGGCACCCAUGAGCUCAUCGUCCAUAAGUGCGAGGAGAAUACUAAUCUUGAUGAUUGCUCUCGCUACCUCAAACUACCUUUCUACAAACCUAACCAGCCAGGCAACAACCAAGCCGUGAAGGGCAGCAAGGAGUCAUUCUGGAUAACCUCUUUCCUCUGCUCCACCAAACUCACCCAGAACGGUGAUAUGCUGGACUUGUUGAAAUGGAGAGCUCAUCCAGAAAGUAUUGGUGACAGCUUGUCCAAACUAAAAGACAUCGACGGCUCUGAAAUAGUCAAGUUUUUACAGGAUACACUGGAUGCACUCUUCGGCAUCUUAGAUGAAAGCUCUCAGAGAUAUGGCCUCAAAGUCUUUGAUUGUCUUGUGCAUAUUAUAAACCUGCUCCAGGACAGUAAAUUCCAACACUUUAAACCAGUCAUGGACACGUAUAUCGAGGGUCACUUCGCAGGAGCUCUUUCAUACAGGGACCUGAUAAAGGUGCUGAAAUGGUAUGUGGAUCGCAUCAUCGAAGCUGAACAUCAAGAGCACAUCCAGCGUGUUCUCAAGGCGACCGAGUACAUCUUUAAGUACAUUAUCCAGUCACGACGGCUUUUUGCUCUAGCUACUGGCAACCAGAACGAGGAGGAGUUCCGAUGCUGUAUACACGAGCUCUUCAUGUCUAUUCACUUCUUCCUGUCCCAGAAGAGUAGGGGCACAGGACCCAUCGCUCACACACAGGUUGUGUUUUUGCAGGCAUUUCCUGCAGUCUAUGGGGAGCUGCUAAAGCUCUUCACUGUCAGAGAGGUGGCCUCGUUUGUUCGAGAGACCCUGGGCAGUCUGCCCACCGCCUCUCUACCAGACUGCCCCCUAGAGGCCGUCAAACUGCACUGCAUCUCUAAGACUGUGGAAAGCCAGCUUUACACCAACCCUGAGUCGAGGUGUAUUCUGCUGCCGGUGGUCUUGCGGCUGUUACACACUCACAUGCAGGAGCAGAAAGAUCUGGUGAUGGGUGCCCAAAUCCUUACCAACAUGCUUUCAUUUAUUAAGAAAAAUGACAUGGAACCAGGCAUGUUGGAGGAAGUGGACCUGAUAGUGGAGAGUAUACUGGGAGUCCUGCUGAGGACCAUACUAGAAAUCUCCAACCGACCUCAAGCCCCAGCAUCAACCCUGCGCCCCCAAAGCCACGACGUCACGGGGGAGUUUGUGGCAUGUUUGCUGGCUCUACUGAAGCAAAUGAAGGAUAAGCACUAUCAGCAGCUUCUUCAGCGCUUCACCAGUAUAGAUGAACUCAGGGAUUUUCUGCUGGAGAUCUUCACAGUGUUUCGAAUCCUGAUCCGGCCGGAGAUGUUCCCUAAAGACUGGACAGUCAUGCGGCUCGUCACCAAUAAUGUCAUCAUUACUACAGUACUUUACCUGUCCGAUGCUCUGAGGAAGAACUUUCUCAACGACAGGUUUGAUUACAAGGUCUGGGACUCGUACUUCUAUCUGUCUGUUAUCUUCAUCAAUCAACCCUGUCUUCAACUGGAGACCUUUUCUCCAUCCAAGAGAAAGAAAGUUCUGGAAAAGUAUGGAGAUAUGAGAGUGAUGAUGGGCUGCGAAAUCUUCAGUAUGUGGCAGAAUUUAGGAGAACACAAGUUAAACUUCAUCCCUGCCAUGAUCGGCCCAUUUCUGGAGGUGACUCUGGUUCCUCAGCCAGAUUUGAGGAAUGUGAUGAUCCCUAUUUUCCACGACAUGAUGGACUGGGAACAGCGUCGAAGCGGCAACUUUAAACAGGUCGAGGCAAAACUUAUAGACAAGUUGGACAGUCUGAUGUCAGAAGGGAAGGGAGAUGAAACGUAUCGAGAGCUCUUCAAUAGCAUUCUGCUAAAGAAGAUUGAGCGAGAGACCUGGAGGGAAAGUGGAAUCUCUCUGAUAGCAACAGUAACACGUCUGAUGGAAAGACUGCUGGAUUACAGGGACUGUAUGAAACUUGGAGAGGUUGAUGGGAAGAAGAUUGGCUGUACUGUCAGUCUGCUGAACUUCUAUAAAACAGAGCUGAAUAAGGAGGAAAUGUACAUCCGAUACAUCCACAAGCUCUAUGAACUGCACUUAAAAGCACAGAACUACACAGAGGCCUCUUACACACUGCUGCUGUACGACGAAUUGCUGGAGUGGUCGGAGAGGCCCCUGCGGGAGUUCCUGAGUUACCCCAUGCAGAGCGAGUGGCAGAGAAAAGAGUACCUGCACCUCACCAUUAUCCAAAACUUCGAUCGUGGCAAGUGUUGGGAGAACGGAAUCCUCCUGUGCAGAGAACUGGCUGAUCAGUAUGAAGCGUACUAUGAUUACAGGAACCUGAGCAAAAUGAGGGUGAUGGAGGCGUCACUGUACGAUAAAAUCAUGGAUCAGCAGAGACUGGAGCCAGAGUUUUUCAGAGUGGGCUUCUAUGGGAAGAAGUUUCCCUUCUUUUUAAGGAAUAAGGAGUUUGUGUGUCGUGGCCAUGACUACGAGCGCUUGGAAGCCUUUCAGCAGCGCAUGCUCAAUGAAUUUCCUCAUGCCAUUGCCAUGCAACAUGUCAACCAGCCAGACCAGACCAUCUACCAGGCUGAAGCCCAGUACCUGCAAAUCUAUGCAGUGACACCAAUUCCAGACAGCCAGGAUGUCCUGCAGAGAGAUGGAGUUCCAGACAAUAUUAAGAGCUUCUACAAGGUCAACAACAUCUGGAGGUUCCGCUACGACCGCCCCUUUCACAAGGGAACCAAGGACAAGGAGAAUGAGUUUAAGAGUCUGUGGGUGGAAAGGACAACGCUGACCCUGGUGCAGAGUCUUCCAGGCAUCUCCCGCUGGUUUGAAGUAGAGAAGCGAGAACUGGUCGAGGUGAGCCCACUGGAAAACGCCAUUGAGGUGAUUGAGAAUAAAAAUCUGCAGCUGCGCACAUUGAUCACGCAGUGCCAGACUCGUCAGAUGCAGAACAUCAACCCCCUCACUAUGUGUCUGAACGGAGUCAUUGACGCCGCCGUAAAUGGAGGCCUCGCUCGCUACCAGGAGGCAUUCUUUGUUAAGGACUACAUGAUGAAUCACCCAGAGGACGGCGAUAAGAUUGGACGCCUCCGUGAACUCAUGUUUGAACAGGCACACAUACUGGAGUUUGGUUUGGCUGUCCAUGAGAAGUUUGUCCCUCAGGACAUGCGGCCACUGCACAAGAAACUGGUGGAUCAGUUCCAGCUUAUGAAGUCAAGCCUGGGAAUUCAGGAGUUCCCAGCAUACGUUCGGGCCAGUCCAAUUAACUUUCCCAAUGGAAGCCCACGGGUGGGUCGAAACUCGAUGCCCAACAUCCUUAACACAGAGGGAAUGAGAGUGGUGGCUCGUCGCAGUCCUCUCAGCUAUCCAGCCGUGAACCGCUACUCGUCAUCCUCGCUCUCGUCUCAGGCCUCCAAUGAAGUCAGCAACAUUACCGGCCAGUCAGAGAGCUCCGACGAAGUCUUCAACAUGCAGCCGAGCCCGUCUACCUCAAGCCUCAGCUCCAAUCAUUCAGCUUCCCCCAAUGUGACCAGCUCAGCUCCCUCCAGUGCCAGAGGUUCACCACAGCUGUCGGAGAAACACAAGCAUAAUCGUGAGAACUGCCUCUCGCCGAGAGAGAGACCGUCCAGUGAUAUAUUCCCCACCGCCCAUACCACCACACAGAGAAUGAUUCCACACUCGAGUGCUGAUGCGUCUCUGCCUCGCAGCGAUCCCAACAUUUGCACUCCUGACAAAGUAGUCAAGCCUGCACCAAGCAGCUGGAGUCUUGACACCCCGCUCUCUGACACUGUUGGGAAACUGGUUUGCCCCCCUGUCCCUCCUAGGUCACCGUAUUCAGGGUCUCCUGCUAAGAACAUCAGAUCACAGUCACCAGUGUCCCGGUCACCCCAAAAGCAGAACUCCCUGCCUCCCUUCACCCCCUCGCCAACAGAGUGCCAUCAUUCAGGACUUAUUCCACACUCGCCUGUGCUCUCCGGCAGCUACAGCAGCGGCAUCUCGUCUCUCAGCCGCUGCAGUGUCUCCGAAGCCUCGGGCAACGAGGCCGCACCACCCAUCGACCACGCGUUCCCCAACUCGGCCUCCAGUGGCUCUGACGAGCUUUUCCGCAGAGAAAACCGGACCCCGCCUCCUUACAGCAGCAACCCCCGCCGGCCGGUCCCCCUCCCUCACAGCCCUUCCGUCCCCAUGAACACCGAUGCUCCACCUAUUCCACCCAAACCACGCAAGCCAUCUGAUCAGCAGCCCAGACCUCGCCCUCUUCCCAGAAAAGUCUCUCAACUCUAGUGCUCCCGGGGAAAUCACACCCAACGCCAACUGCACUUUCUUUCUUUCGUUUUGGGUUGGGUUCCUUUUAAUUUGAAUGAUGAAUAAAAAAGACUGGCAGGUAUAUUUUUAAUACAGGAGCUCAAUGCAGGGGAUUAACGUGUUAUAAUAACCGUGCUCUUAAUAUGAGUACCGAACCUUUGUCUUACUGUUUAAUUACAAAUGUAUAUAAUGAUAAUGUUGAUAUGAGACAGAUGGUUUGCCUUAAGUAGUAUAUUUUACCAUUGUAAAAUACAAUGUACCAAUGUAAUGCACGUUUCUAAAUUCAUUUUUAAAUACACUGUACUAUUUUAAAAAGCUUAAAGGUGCUAGGUCUCCACGUAGACGUUAGAUAAUACCCAUGGCUUACAGCACAACAUUUCUCGGAAGACUUGUUUACCAAAAACUCUGUUAUGCACAUGGAAGGGCAUUUUACAGCAGUUCCACCUGAAUCGAUUGUCUUCUGAUUUUCUAAGCACAGCUGAGGAUACUGACGAGAAAGAUUACUAAUCUGUUCUGUCUUAAUCAUGUUCCAUAAAUGGUGAUAUCUUA